AGCAUACAACAGGUGAAGAGCAGAGCAGCAGUGCACCGAUGGCCCACCCAACCCCUCAGCAGGUUUGCUGUGACGUUCGAGAAGAAGUGAGGAGGAGAAAGUGAACUGUACUAGAUGCCAUGAUGGAGGACGACCAGCCCAAGUCGAAGCCGCCUACACCUUCUCCCUUGCUGGACCUAGAACACAGUCCCGGAGCCUCGUCAGUAACGAACCAUGCAGAGUUCCUGGGUGUGAACCAGAUUCAGGUGGUGGUGAGCCGGAGCCCAACCCCCCAGGUCACGGAGGAGACCUACUUUAUCCCCCGUAAUCCGGUGGUGGAUGCGGGCACCAACACCGACCCCCCGGUCAUCUGCUGUGGCAGGCUCCGCCGGGCAUGCCCCUGCCCGCCCCGAGGCCUCCUGGCCUCCCUCAUCACCAAGGAGAAGGAGUGUCUGCCGGGGGGGAACCUGUUCGGCAUCACCGUGCUCUUCAUCUGCUCCGUCACCGGGGGCAAACUGGUGGGCCUCAUACGGCUUCCCAAACUGCCUCCCUUUCCCCCGCUCCUGGGUAUGCUAUUGUCGGGCUUCCUGCUGCGUAAUAUCCCCGUGGUAACGGACGCCGUGUACAUCGACAACCGAUGGUCCGCCUCCCUGAGGAACAUUGCCCUUGCUGUCAUCCUGGCCCGAGCAGGCCUGGGAUUGGAUGGCUCGGCUCUGAAGAAGCUGAGUAUGGUGUGUAUACGCGUGGGAAUGGGACCCUGCAUCAUCGAGGCCUGCACCAUCGCCAUCGUCUCCCACUUCCUCAUGGGCCUGCCCUGGAUCUGGGGAUUCAUCCUAGGAUUUGUGCUGGGAGCCGUGUCCCCGGCCGUGGUGGUUCCCUCCAUGCUGCUGCUGCAGAAGGAUGGCUACGGCUUGGAGCAGGGCAUCCCUACCCUCCUCAUGGCUGCCGGCAGCUUCGACGACAUCCUGGCCAUCACCGGCUUCACCACCUGCAUGGGCAUGGCCUUCGCCACCGCAUUAAUAGAAAUCUUCGUGCAAUCUGUCCUGGAUCCAAUAGAUGACACCCUCACACUUCGGGAAUCGAACCUACGACCCCUGUUGUUUACAAGCGCCAUGCUCUACCAACUGAGCCACAGGACCAUUAGCUCCAUGUGGUACAACCUGCUGAGAGGUAUACUGGAGGUGGGAGGGGGAAUGGUAGCUGGGGUACUGCUGGGACUUCUGUUGAGCUACUUUCCCAGCAAAGACCAGGACAACGUAGUGAUGAAGCGCUCAUUCCUGCUGCUGGGCAUGUCGGUGUUUGCCGUGUUCGGCAGCAACGUUGCCGGAUUCCCCGGCUCGGGGGGCCUCUGCACCCUGGUCCUCGCCUUCCUGGCCAGCCUGGGCUGGAGAAGGUCAAAGGUCCCUGUGGAGGACAUAGUGGAUAUUGCCUGGGAGGUGUUCCAGCCACUGCUCUUCGGCUUGAUCGGGGCCGAGAUCCGAAUUUCAGAGCUGGACAAAAACACUGUCGGCCUGGGCAUAGGCUCUCUGGCCAUUGGUCUGCUGGUGCGUAUUCUCUUCACCUUCGUUUGUGUGCUGUGUGCCGGCUUCAACUUCAAAGAGAAGCUCUUCAUCGCUCUGGCCUGGCUACCCAAAGCCACUGUACAGGCGGCCAUCGGCUCCACAGCGCUGGACAUGGCCCGCACCAAGGAGGAUAAGGAGCUGGAGAAGUACGGCAUGGACGUGCUGACAGUGGCUGUGCUCUCCAUCCUGCUCACCGCCCCCGUAGGGGCCCUGGUCAUAGGACUCACAGGACCUCGCCUGCUGCAGAAACCAAAGAACGCUGCCUGGGAGCGGGAGCAAAGCGGAACUAUAAUCGAGACCCCAAUCACCUACGAGAGUACCCUCUGAUGGCGGGAACCAGGAAGUACACUUCACCAAGGAGGAUAUGACAUGGAUGGAUCGUAGGGAAAUGGGGGCACUUCAAGCGUGCAUCAAAAAUGGCACCC